AUGAUGGUAAAAGGAGCUAUCUUCCUCAGUGGACAAAAGGAAAUCGGCAACAAAGGUGUGCAGAUCAGUGAAAAGACUUCUAUUUCUGUCACUCAGUCUCUUGGAAGUGUGAACUUUGAGAACAUGGACACUUUCUAUAGAAGAGGGAUUCCUUAUUUUGGAACUCUUAAAUUUUCUGGUCCCAAUGAUGUACCUAUGGUGAGCAAGUUGUUGCAACUGAAUCUCAAUAACAAAUUUAUAGGAAAUUACACUACAGAUGAGAAUGGUGAAGCUCAAUUUGCCAUUGACACUUCAGAUAUAUUCGAUCCGGAGUUCAACCUGCAAUCUCCUAUUUACACAGCCUGGAAGGGAAGCUUCUCAUUCCCAAUCAACGUCAGUGCCGAUCUGGCCCCCGUGGCUGUCAUGCUUGUCUACACCCUUCACCCUAGCGGGGAAAUCGUGGCUGACAGUGUUAGAUUCCAGGUUGACAAAUGCUUUAAAAACAAGGUUAGCAUACAGUUCUCUAAGGAGCGGGGGCUACCUGGCUCCAACGCUAGUCUCUAUCUUCAAGCAGCCCCAGACUCGUUCUGUGCCCUCGGGGCUGUGGAUAAAAGUGUCCUUCUCCUGCAAUCAGAACAGCAGCUGUCAGCCGAAAGUGUGUACAACCUGCUUCCAAAUAUAGAACUACAUGGUUAUUUCUAUGAUGGUCUCAAUCUUGAUGAUGGCAAGGUAGACCCUUGCAUUCCUGAGAAGGAAAUGUUUUACAAUGGUUUGUAUUGUAUACCUACAAACAACUAUAGAGAUGGAGACAUCUAUAACAUUGUUAGGGAUAUGGGUCUGAAAGUCUUUACCAAUCUCCAUUACCGGAAACCAGAAAUAUGUUCAAUGGGAGGAAGUCUGCCAUUCCCUGGGCCGUUACCUCUAAGAAAUUAUGCAAUGAAGUAUAGCUUCCCUUCUAGAAUCGCAUGCAGGGGAGGAUGUAAUGAUGACAAUGUAGAACAGGCUAUAAUAGAAACAGUAAGAACCAACUUCCCAGAGACAUGGAUAUGGGACCUCGUCAGUGUCGAUUCCUCAGGUUUAGCAAAUCUUUCAUUCCUGAUUCCUGAUACUAUAACCCAAUGGAAGGCAAAUGGCUUCUGUGUGAAUGGCGAUGCUGGAUUUGGCGUCUCACCAACAGUCACUCUGGAAGUCUCCCAAUCUUUCUUUGUUGAAAUUGCCUCACCCUUUUCAGUUAUUCGAAAUGAACAAUUUGAUUUGAUUAUCAGUGUCUUCAGCUACCUGGAUACUUGUGUAGAGAUUUCUGUUCAGUUGGAGGCAUCUCAGAAUUAUGAAACAAAUCUCAACACCCUGAAAAACAAUGGCAGUGAGAUUAUCCACGCUGGAGAGAAGAAAACAUAUGUCUGGACUGUUAAACCUAAGAAAUUGGGUAAGCAGCUAAGUGUCUCUCCUGAAGGUAUUGAAAGAGAAACUACCCAGAGUUACCUUAUCUGUACAAAAGGUACCAAAGCCUCCAAGCAGGUAGUUUUGGACUUGCCAAAUGAUGUCGUAGAAGGAUCCACCAGAGGCUUUUUCACUGUUGUAGGAGAUUUUCUGGGACUUGCAGUGCAGAAUCUGGAUGAUCCUCUCCAGAUGCCCUAUAGAAAUGCAGAGCAGAAUGUUGCCCUACUCGCAUCCAAUACCUACGUCCUCGACUACCUGCAGUCUACUGAGCAGCUGACAGAGGAACUUAAGUCUCGGGCAUUCUCUCUCUUAUCUAAAGGUUAUCAAAACCAAUUGUCUUUCAAAAACUCUGAUGGUUCAUAUGAUAUGUUUUGGUCAAUGAAUCAGGAAGGAAGCAUAUGGCUCAGUGCCCUUUCUUUUAAGACAUUAGAGAGGAUGAAAAAAUAUAUAUUCAUUGAUGAAAAUGUUCAAAAACAGACCUUAAUCUGGCUUUUAAGCAAACAGAAAAGUAACGGCUGCUUUGAAAAUGAUGGCGAGUUCUUCAGCAAUGCCUGGGAGAAUCUUCUCCAAAUGCCUUUUGGUUGUGGAGAGCAGAAUGUGGCCCUAGUCACUCCCAAUAUUUACAUCCUGGACUGUCUGAAUCAGACUCAACAACUGACAGAAGAGAUCAAAUCCAAGGCUGUUGGAUACCUGACCAUUGGUAAAACUGGCAUUGGUGAUGAAUUUCUGGAAAAAUUUUUACAAAAUUAUGAAAUACAAGAAGACAUUAAAAAUCUAUUAGACACACCAGCAAACAGUGGAAAAGAAAUGGCAGAAAGAAACAAUGUGCCUCAAGCUACUUCAUCAGGGCCAAAUCUGAAGCCAGAUAAUCAGGAGGUAGAAACGAAUUCCUCGGUUUCUGAGAGCGACCAGGACGGAGCAUGUGAGUUGAGAACAGAAAAGACACUGAGGAAAACUAGCCACCAUGCAAGGAAAAAGGUAAGGCCAACAACAAUUUGUGUGCCAGGGUCACCUCCAGAAACGGACACCUAUCUGCAUGUCAGAGGAGAGGCCUUCUUGAAAGGAGAAUUGGUCCCAACUUGCUCCAAGCACCAACCAGCAGAACAAGCCCCCGGCCCUGUGCAACAACUAUUGGGCAACCCCCCCAUGGCACUGUGUAAUGCCACAUCUACAGUCCAGCUCGCCAUCAUGGACCCGCUAGCCACAAACUGCCUCCUUCCACCCCACAUAGUGCUAUUACACCUAGACCUUAAUGGAGUGAAUGCCACAGCCCUGACACCUAUGGCCACUGCCUAUACAACCUUGCCAAAGAGCUACUGCCACCACCACAGGGAGACUGGGGCAGAGCAAUCUCCUGCAAUGUCCAACUCAGUGGAGAACAACUCACCCAGUCCCCUGCUUGGGCUUCCAACACUGACCUAUGGACCAACAAAUCACUCCAUAUGA